ACAUCCGCGCGGAAGCCAUGUUUGUAGUUGCAGCCUAAUUGCCCAGUGUCCUUUCUUACAGUCGCAGUUCUGGUAGACUCUGACUCACUCUGCACAGUAAUCGUCCGCCAACCUUGGCAGACAGCGGCUGCUCGUUUACGGAAGCGCUCUUGGUCGCUCGCGCUCUCUGUUGUACCGUCCGGGACGUCUUCUGUAAUUUGAAGGGCACGGGGCACGGACGUGCUGCUGCAGCCUGUGUCUUUAAACACAAGAAGGGGGAAUGUGUUUCUGAGGCAUGUAGCCUGCCUGGCUAAACCCACCAGCUCCUCCUCUCUCCUACCUCCCGCUGAGGAAGGAAGGAAGGCGAGAAAAGCGCUUGAGAUGCCGAUGGUUUCAUCAGAGAGGCGACUGGAAAUAAAAGUUGAGCGCGUUUCUUUUUUCCCCAUUUUUUUCUUUCUAUAAUUUCCUGUAAAUUCACAUCUUCCAUCGGCGCUCCGGACAGACAGACAGACUCUGCAGAACCCCAGCUCUAAAAAAUUCUCCGCGCAGACGAUCGCAAACAGAAAUCUUAAGAAAUGGACCAAGAUAAUCCAACCCAGCUCCAGACCUCAGAAGGCAACCCAAACAGCGAAGCAGCAGCUGUAACAGCAACUUCAGCUACGCCUUCAGAUACGUCAGCUCCUGCCACCGACUCAAGCACCGGCCAACAUGCAGUGCCUGCCAGGCCUCGGCGGCCGCAGAGGACCGCCAGAGUUGAGGGCUCUGUAGAUAUUUCUGAACUCAAAGCCGAGCCCAAAGCAGAACCCACUGAACUGCCUAACCAGGAGGAGUGCGACCCUGAUGGCAAUGUGGCCAGUCAUUCCAAACCCUCUCACCCUUCAGCAGUCAAGCUCUCAGAAGAGUAUACUGGGCCCGGCAUUAAGGCUGGUCCUAAAGGUCCAGGCCACCACCCAGUAAGAGCUGCCUCCGUGCCCCACCCAUCUGCCAGCAGGCAUGUGCCUCAUCACCUGAACCCUCAUGCACAGAGAGCUCUCUCUGUGGCAGGUACAGCUGACACUCAGGCGCAGACUGUGGAAGACUUCAGGGUGCACAUCAUCACUUGGAAUGUGGGUUCAGCCACACCACCCGAUGACAUCACUUCUCUGCUCGGGCUGAAUGUGGGUGAUGGAAACACAGACAUGUACAUCAUCGGGCUGCAGGAAGUAAACUCAAUGAUUAACAAAAGACUGAAAGACGCCCUCUUCACAGACCAGUGGAGCGAAGUCUGCAUGGAGAGACUCAGCCCCUUUGGUUAUGUGCUGGUUACAUCCCAGCGGAUGCAGGGAGUGUUACUGCUGGUUUUUGCCAAAUAUUUCCAUUUGCCGUUCCUGCGUGGAGUCCAGACUGAGACCACUCGCACAGGCCUGGGGGGUUACUGGGGGAAUAAAGGUGGAGUGAGUGCCCGCAUGUCAGUGUACGGUCACACCAUCUGCUUUCUCAACUGCCACCUCCCGGCUCACAUGGAAAACUCAGAUCAGCGGAUGGAGGACUUUGAGAGCAUCCUGCAGCAGCAGCAGUUUGAGGGCCAGGCUGCCACUGGGGUUCUUGACCAUGAUGUGGUGUUUUGGUUGGGGGACCUUAAUUUCCGCAUCGAUGACCUGGAGAUGCAGGUGGUCAAAUCAGCCAUUGAUAACAACAAGUUUUCAAUAUUAUGGGAAAAGGAUCAGCUAAACAUGGCCAAAGACAGCGAGACAGUGUUAGAGGGAUUCCAGGAGGGACCGCUGAAAUUCCCUCCUACCUACAAGUUUGAUGUUGGAACAAAUACAUACGACACAAGUGGGAAGAAACGUAAACCAGCUUGGACUGACCGGAUCCUGUGGCGUCUGAGAGCCACGGCACCUGCUGGUGCAGGGAAGCGUGGCUCCAUUUCAGGGCUAAUGAGUGGCGCCAAAGUGACGCAGCACAACUAUCGAAGUCACAUGGAAUUCACCGUCAGUGACCACAAACCAGUUUCCUCCAUCUUUACUCUUCAGUUCCCAUACAAGGUGGAUAUUCCCCUGGUCACAAUCAUAGUGGAGGAUGAGUGGAACAGUGUUGCUGAUGCCACAGUGAUAUUCAAACUGGCACCCAACUACUCUCGCAGUUCUUGGGACUGGAUUGGACUUUUCAAGGUGGGUUUCAAACACUACAAAGACUAUGUGGGAUAUGUGUGGGCCAAGCAGGAGGAAUCAGAUUUUCUUCGACAGGAACAUCAGGUAACCUUUACUGAGGAGGAAUUGCCUAAAGGCUCAGGAGACUUUAUCUUGGGUUACUAUAGCAACAACAUGAGCAGCAUUGUGGGUGUAACAGAGCCAUUUCAGAUCCUGCUUCCCACCUCAGGCGAUGACACGAGCUCUUCAGACAGCUCUGAUGUCACUUCAGAAGAUGACAACACUGUUGUCAUGAAGAUGAGGUCCCGCAGUCCUAGCCCACGUAAGGGCAAGCACCGCGGCCAUCGCAGCGGCAGCCGAAACCGCAGCCGCUCCAGCAGUCCUCACCAGGCCAAAAUGAAAGAGGUUGAUGUCACCAAGGCUCCUCCACCAAGCACCACUGCAGAGACAGACUGCAAGUCCAUUAGAGGCCCAACAGAGGGCAGUAGCAGCCAGCUGUCUGGUCCUGAGGAGACAGAGAAAAACUCACAGGAUCCAGGAGUGUGAGCCCGGCUGUGUUUACAGCUCACAUAAAAACCUGUUGUGUCUUUAAAGUCAUGCAUCCACCUCACUGUAAAGUUUCUGUAGAGAAAAUUUACAGUUUCCGAUGCCAUCCUUUUCAGGAAUAGCCAUCUGGUUUGUCCAGGAGGUUUACUUUGCCUUGGGUUGUUUCAGUAAGCUGUGCACAUGCAUGUCUUUUAUUUGUAAACCCUUCACUCUUUGCUGUGUUUCUUCUCUCUUCGUCCGUUCUCAGGUGUGGUCAGCACAGGGAGCUGACACCUUUCAUGAGAAACUACUCAAGGAUUUUUGGUCACUUAAUACUUCAUAGGAACCAUCUUUACUGUUUUUCGACAGUGCUUUGAUGUUCCUAGCAGUCAUGUCAGCUCACUACAUAUAAGAUAUUAGGAUUAUAACUUAUACUCGACACAGAUAUUCCACAUAAUUCACUCAAUGUUUGCUGUAGUAAUGGAUCCAUUAUAGAACAAAUCCUAUCAUACAGAUAAGAUUUAAUUCAAAAACAAUCCAUAAAGUCAUCACCAGCUCUGGAAACUGUCACAUUAUUAGUUUCUGCAAUCGGAGACAGAUGUGCAGCAUACAGUUUGACUUGGUGAUGUGGUUCUAACCUAGCACACAUUAUACUACAAAAUAUCCAGGGAGCUUUUCAAAUGAUCCACCAGUGGGUAUAAAUUCCCUCGAGGGUGCAUAAAAGCUGAGCAGAGCCAAAGUACGUGGAGGCUGUGAUUCAGGGGACUCGGACACUAGCCACGGCGUCAGAACAACACACACCAGUAUAGAGUGAAUGCGAGUGUAAGGACAUUUAAAUAGGCCGCCAUGUCCGUGCAGUGCGUAUGUGAUGGGUGUGAGAGGCUAGCUGUCAGCUGACACAGCAUAGCUGUCUUACAAAAACUAGCUGAUUGAUUGCUGGCCACUUACUGCUGGACCAACUGUGGCAACGCCUACAGCAAUACCUGACUCACCAUGAAUUGCUUUUUACACACAAUGCUUGGUGUGAGUUAAUGAGUCGUACUGCUUUUGCUCACAGCAAACAGCUGUUAAUUUUUAAGCAAAUUAACCCACAACAUGAAUAACAAAGCACUUGUUUGGAUUUUUUAUUUUAUUUUUUGCAUGGUGUUUAAACCCAAAAUCAAGACAUUUCUCAUCUGGAUAUCUCAUAAAAAUGUGAGCAGGAACUCUACUGUGUAGAGCCACCACUUGUAUUGUACUGUAGGUAGUAUAAUACAAAAAAUGACGUGCUCCGCUUUUGUGAAAUAUCAUGUUGUUCAUUUAUUUUCUUUAUUAAAGAAGUGGAGUGGUCCUAUCAGAUACUUUACUUUCACUUUAAUUUGAUGCUUGUUUUCUCUCUUGCUCAGAUCCACCCUUAAUGAUCCAGGUGAUUAGCUGACAGUGACAGUAGUCAAAAUAGUUGUGUUGCAUUGCUACUGUGUGACCUAUUAGACACUUUAUACUGUUAAGCACUUAGCAUAGGACAGUGUAUACUACUGUAGCUGUAACUCUGUGUGUGUGUGUGUGUGUGUGUGUGUGUGUGCGUGUGUGUGUGUGUGUGUGUGGCUGAGGCAGUGAAUGGGGUCUGUCUGCAUGGUUUGCUGCUGUGGACAUACUGUACAUUCCAGUACUGUGGUUUUUGUGCCGUAAAGUGCUGUUUUUGACUUCCCUUGUCAUAAUAGUGGCCGUGAAAGUUGUUAGAAAAACUUGGUAAGGGCAGUAAAAAAAAAUUACUUAAGUGUAUGUGUUAGGUGAUAAACUGCUGAGUAGUUAUACUUGCUGAAAUCUGGAGCUGUUUGAAACACUUCAUUGUAUUUAAAUGUAAUUCUUUGGUUUUAAAAUGGGAAAAAAAAAUCUAUUGGACCUUUGUUGGAAAUAACGUGUAAAGACAAGUCUCACAUUUUAGAUAGUGUAGAUGAUCAUGUUCUGUAUUGCAGUCAAUGCCAGUGACUAUGUAUUGUGAAAUAUUAAUGAAAACUGUCUACAGAAUGUUAUUAUUUUGUAAUUUAUGUGGCAACAAUAGAAGAAAAUAUAUGUAAAGGAUAAAUAUGAAGUAUGGUAGAAAUUAUCAAAUAGGAGACAAUCUAUGCCGCAAAGAUUAUUUUACUGAAAUUCUGUAUUUAUUUUCUUAUUUAACUGUGAAAUGAGCCUAAAUUCUGCUGGCCAGCAAGGGAGCGUUAUUUCUACUGAAACAAUAUCACAGAAUAUUGAUAAUGAUUAUUUUUCUUUUUUUGACAAAGGAUGAUUUCUCCACUUCACAUAUUAGUAAUUUCAUAUCAAAUUCUGCUUUCACUGUCAGACGUGUAGAUUGUUAAGUGUACAGGUGUUCGUAUAAUUGUGAACGAAACUACAAAAAUACAGCAAGCCUGUGUGAUCCUGUGAUUGUUGGCCUAGGGUGAUGGUUUAUCUCUGAUCGUCUAAUCACAGAAGCAAGAAGUUUGUUAAAGGGUUGCUUGCUUUGUCCUCCAACCCAGGAACUAGUGCAAUACUGUCCAAAGAAAUAAUAUUCUCCCUUUCAAGUUGUCUGUCUGUUUCUUUAAUUGUUUCAUAUUUAAUAUCAUUGUAUUAAAAAAUGUGUAACUAUCUUA